UAGUGCUUUAGAUGUCUGGUGGGAAUGUGGCCUGAAUCAAGGAACCGUUCUUUCCGUCAGGGAACCAGAUUCAGCGGCUGACCUUUCCGUGCUCUCCUUUCCCCCAGUCACCGCCAUGCCAGCUACCAACGAUGGGUGGCCUGAGGAAUUUGGGUUCAAGAUCAGUGGGAAUGGCCCUUGCUACAUCUUGGCCGUGGAAGAAGGCAGCAGUGCCCAGCUGGCCGGCCUCCAGCUGGGAGACCAGAUCCUGGAGAUUGAAGGCCAGCACGUCUCCUCCAUGAACGCUGAGGCGCUGGUUGCCCUGGCGAGGCAGUGCGAGAACGUGCCCCCCAGCAUUGGGGUGGUCUCGCGCAUCCAGCAGGUGGAACUCAAGCCGGGCCAAGGGGGGCGCUUUGGCUUCACUCUGGCAUGCGAGGGAGGAUGCCCCUUGCAAGUGGGGAGCGUGGAUCCUGCCUCGCCAGCCUCCGAAUGCGGGGUCAAAGCUGGAGACUACAUCCUGGAGAUCAACGGGACCCCAGUUAAGCUCUAUGAAGAGGCAGCUGUCAUGAUCCAGGCAUGCCAGGGAAAGGGCCUCAGGUUGGGGCUCCUGCGCCUUGGGCGGCAGCAGAGGUGGGCCAGCAGCAGCGUGCGGGAGUUUGUCCAAAGUGCUGACGCCAUCCAUCAAGAGCGGAGGCAGAAGGCGCAGGAGUUCAGCAAGAAGGUGCAAGAGAUCCUGGGUGACCAACCAGAGGUGAAAGAGAAGAUGUUCACCAUCUUAAAGCAAUAUGCAGCUGAGAGGAAGGUUGAUUACUUGGCUUACGCCCUCCCCAUGAUCCUCACCAAGGACUCACACCAUCUCCUUAUAGACAAUAUCAGGAUCUUCAUCCCCAGGAAACACCGACAGCGCUUCGACGAGGUGGUCUCCCAGAGCCUCAUCAGCAAACUGUGCCACGCCAAGAGCAAGCACUCCGCCAGCCGGCUGAGGCGCAGCCGCAGCGAGGACCACCACGAGCGCCUCCUGGUCUCCACGCGGGCCAGCUCAGUGCCGAGGAGCCACGAGGAGAACGGCAAAAGCUUGAGGAAGGCGACUUCCCUCAUCGCCAGCAAUGUGGGCUCAGGGGCUGCUCGCAGGACUGUUCGUGUCUACAAAGGAAGCAGGAGCUUUGGGUUUACGUUACGUGGACAUGCCCCCGUGUGGAUAGAGUCCGUCUUGCCUGGGAGUCCAGCUGACAAAGCAUCCUUGAGAGCUGGGGACAGGAUCUUGUUCCUAAACGGCCUGGAUAUGAGGAACUGCUCCCAUGAGAAGGUUGUGUCCAUGCUCCAGGGCAGCGGGGCAAUGCCCACCCUGGUGGUUGAAGAAGGCAUUGUGAGCUUUUCUAGUGACGGUGAGUCAUCGGAGAGCCCCAACUCCUCCUCGGCACUCACCUCCUUGCAGUGGGUUGCUGAGAUCCUGCCCUCCAGCAUCAAGAUCCAAGGGAGGACCUUCCACCAGCAGCUGGAACAUCUGCUUACGCCACCAGAGCGCUACACAAUCUGCAAAGCACUGGAGAGUUUCUUCCAGCACAGGAACAUAGACACCCUCAUAGUGGACGUAUACCCAGUCCUGGACACCCCCUCCAAGCAGGUCAUCUGGCAGUUCAUCUACCAGCUGCUGACAUACGAGGAGCAGGAGCACUGCCAGCAGAAGAUCACCAGGUUCCUUGGCUACAAAUCUGUGGCAGUUGAGACAGAGGCAGAGGAUCGGCACCGCAGCUCCAUGCGGGGGGCCUCAGCAUGCCGGGAAAAUGUCCCCACCCACAGUCCUGAGGGCAGUGGAGCUGGAGGUCCCAGCGAAGCCACUGAAGUGCCAGUCCGCUUGGCUGCAGGGGAGAGGCAAGCGGGGGAUGGGACUUCCCUUCCGGAGACGCCUAACCCCAAAAUGAUGUCUGCUGUCUAUGCAGAACUGGAAACCAGACUGACCACUGGCUUUGGAGGGAAGCUGGGCAACCUAGCCAUGCACAGGACAUCACCUCCCAUUCCAGAGCAAGGAAACCCAGCAGGUGCGCGGAAGUCGGGCCUGAGCAUCUCCUGGCAGAACGACCACCCUCCACCCGACCAGCCGUGCUACUACCACUCACACGGUGGGAUCCCCUCCCCCUGCAGCACCGAAUCCAACCCCUACGUCAGCCUGGACUGCAGCCCCACCCCAUCCCCGAAGCACGCAGGCUACGCCCUCAGCCCACUCUCCCGGAGGAAGAAGCUCUUCACCUUCUCCCGCCCACCACGCAGCCGGGAUACGGACCGCUUCCUGGACGCUCUGAGUGAGCAGCUGGGGCACCGGAUCACCAUCGUGGAUGACUUCCUCACUCCUGAAAAUGACUACGAGGAGAUGAGUUUCCACGACGACCAGGGCAGCUACGUCACCAACGACAUGAGCAGCGCCAGCGAGUACCUGAGCAGCAGCGAAGGCAGCUCCUUGACCUACUCCACCUUGUCCGAUCACAUCCCUCCGCCCCCCAUCAGCCCACCCCCACUCCCGCCUCCACUGCACUUCCACGAGCCCAAAGAGGAGCACCGGAGCAUGGAGGCCGUGAAGAAGACUCCCUCCUCCUCCUCCUUUUCCUCCUCCUCUGCCCCCCAGCCCAAGCCCCCAGACAGCCACUCUCAGCAAGCCCCUCCACCUCCUCCACCUCCCCUGCCCCCUCCGGUCCCCUGUGUUCUCCCUCCGCUGACUCAGGGCAUCAUUCAGCGCAGGAACGAGUCCAAGCACAUGAGUGUCAAGCGGCUGCGCUGGGAGCAGGUGGAGAAUUCUGAAGGCACCAUCUGGGGUCAGCUUGGGGAAGACUCGGACUACGACAAACUGAGCGACAUGGUCAAAUACCUCAACCUGGAGUUGCAUUUUGGAACCCAGAAGCCAGCAAAGCCGAGCCCCCUGCCAGAGUCCUUGAAAAAGAAAGAUGUGGUUGAGAUUCUGUCACACAAAAAGGCCUAUAACACAUCCAUCUUAAUUGCCCACCUGAAGCUCUCCCACAUCGAGCUGCGCCAAAUCCUCUUGACCAUGGAGAGCGACCGCCUGGAGGCUUCUCACAUCAAGCAGCUGCUGCUCUAUGCGCCUGACGCAGAGGAAGUGGAGCAGUACCACAAUUACCAGGGCAGCCUCAGCAAACUCAGCGAGCCGGACCAGUUUGUGCUGCAGAUGCUUUUGGUACCCGACUACAAAACGCGCCUGCGCAGCCUCCACUUCAAGACCACCCUGCCGGAGAAGAUGGAGGAGCUCACAGCCAGCUAUGAGUGCAUCUACAAUGCCUCCCUGGAGCUGAAGAACAGCAAGAAGCUGGCCAAGAUCUUAGAGUUUGUGCUGGCCAUGGGCAACUACUUGAAUCAUGGGCAACCGAAGACCAACAAAACGACCGGCUUUAAGAUCAACUUCCUCACUGAGCUGAAUACCACCAAGACUGUUGAUGGAAAAUCCACCUUCCUGCACAUUCUUGCCAAAUCCCUUAGCCAACAUUUCCCAGAACUCCUGGGCUUUGCCAAGGACCUGCCCACCGUGCCACAUGCUGCCAAAGUGAACCAGAGAACAUUAAUGGCUGACCUCCACGACCUCCACACCACCAUUGCUGAGAUUGAGGUUGCCUGCCAGAACAUGGGGGAUUCCCCGGAGGACAGGUUUGCGACAGUGAUGGAUGCCUUCCUGGAAAGUGCUCAUCCCACCAUCCAGUCCCUGAGUGACCUCCAACACAGAGCCAUGGAUGAGUUUGGCAAAGUUCUGUCUUUCUUUGGGGAGGACUCCAAAGUCACAACCUCUGAAGCAUUCUUUGGCAUUUUCGCCGAAUUCAUGAGCAAGUUUGAGCGCGCCUUCAGCGAUGUGCAGGCUGGCGGUGAGCCCCAGCGCAGCCCCAGGAUGACCCCGCCUCUUGCCUGGUGAUGCAACAGCCUAUCAGCCAUUGGGUGUGGCCAAGAGAAGAUGAGGGAGCUGCAUCUCUGCUUGGCUUGGGAACUGCUGGAGAGAGAGAGAAUGAGGGACCAUCACUUUGUGCUCUUUCUGGUGCUGGAGAAAACAUCUCUGUGGCACCCCCUUGUGGACCUGAAUGCAAGAGGGCAGGAAAUAG